AUGGAUAAUACAGCUACAGUGACAGGUGUGAAAGAAGACAACAGUAAAGAAAGGAUUGGAGAUGUUGAAAAAUGUGUGGUGGUAAAGAUAGAAGAAACAAGCAACGACCGGUGGUUGGGUGCCAAUAAACGCGGUAGAAAGGUUGGUUUUUUAUGGCUGUCCGAUGCCCUAUUGUUGUGCCUAGAGCACUUGCAGAUGUUUGCAUUGAUUCUCUCACUAUCUUUGGCCUGGGCAUGGCCACAGGUGUGGAUUAGAGGAACAAGUUUUGCCUUUCUUCUAAAUUUUGACUUGUGGGAGUUUGCUAAAACACACAAUGUGUAUGCAGGAAGAGAGCAAGCGUUUCCGGACCCUAUCCAAGUACCUUUUAACUAUCUGGGAUACUCUAUAGCUUGGAUUGUAUUUCUCAUUUCAGGCGUGUCACUUUUUGGGAUUGUAUACGUGCUGCUUCCGAAGGUUCCCUCUUUAAACAUUGUUGACAGUUUGCUUCUGCGUGCAAAACUCGUACGGUUAUUUACUCUCAUUGCACAAGCUCUGUGUUUUCCGUUUGGACUAGUAUUAAUCCGUUUAUUUAACUGCCAAAAUUAUGCAUCAGGCUCGAAUAGAGAACUAGUAUUCCGCUCGAUUGUAUUAGAUGAAACCUGUUGGAGUCCCACACACCUUGGUGUGCUGGUCCCAAUGCUCAUCCUAGCUUUUGCUUACUUCAUUGUAUUACCAUGCUGGAUGAUACACAUUAUCAGAAAGCAACUCCUCUUUCCAAUCAUUUGCACCUACAACACUUGCAAUACUCAUGAGAACUAUCUUCGCCUGAAAGAAGCUGAAUACAUACAUGGCUUGGAUAUCGCCUGGGAGAUCAAACAUUACUCAUUGUUCGCUUCUUUUCAAAGACUAUGGGUUUGGUUUCGCCCACUCUCAUUCUUUGUCAAGGCUAUUCUAUUGAUUUUGUAUGGCAGUUUUUUCUAUUUACCUUACUACCAGUCGAUAGUGAUGCUUGCAUCGGUGGGUGGGAUCACCCUUGCUUUGUCCGCUUUACCUGUUUAUCGUAUUCGCUCAUUCAACUUUAUGCUUAUUUUUAGCGUUAUUGUAAAUAUCUGCAACUGUGUGCUUGGUCUGCUGUUGGAACUGAGAGUACAGAGUGCUCUACUUUUGGGAAUUCAUUUAAACAGUGCUCUAAUUGUGAUAAAUGCCACCUGGUUACUUGUUGCUAUCGUUUGGCUCUCGUACCUAGUCGUUAGAAACUUAAACGUUGUCAAAAUGAAAUAUGGUCCGUUUUGGCCUACCCUCACUGACCUAAACCGUACAAGCAAACAAAAAUCUAAUAAUACCCGGAAAUAUUUUAAAGCUAUCCUAGCCAGCCGUAAAGUAUUAGAAAUAUGCUAUUCAGGACCAGCCCUGUUCGCUCCCGUCCAUAAACUAUCAAGGCAGAUCCAAAUUAUCAACGCUUACUGUAGAGAAACGGAAGCUGUUAAGAACUCAACUCAUGACCUACUUUGGGCUUUACUCAAUGAAAUGAUUGACACGCACAACUACCUUCUCACACAAUCUGUAUAUGGAGCAUCGAAAACAAACAUUGUUCUACCACACAUUCAACAACUAAUGAAUCUCAUGCCUGGUUUUACAAAAAGACUUGAACAGAGAGAAUACAAUUUAAUCCUCUGGGUGCCUCACAAACGGAGAAUCUUACUCAAGCUGCUAGCCAUUAUUACCUUCUUGGACAUUCUAAAGAGAAGUAGCAGCUAUAAAAGAGAUUGUAUGGAAGAAGAAAAAGACGAAGAGGAAGUAGUAAAGAGAAAGUCGAUCAAACAAGUAUCAAACAAAAGUGAAUAUGCUAUAUCUCACGAGCAUACUCCCUUCUCACCAACAACCUAUACUAGAAGUAUUGGAUCCAGCUAUGGGCCAUCUGUAACAACACUGUGUCAUGAAAUUGAGCGACCCAUUAGCACGACUGGAAGUACGCAUGGUGCCAGCUGUGGAAACUACGUAUAGCAUGCAGAGUGGUACUUAUUCAUUCAUACAUGCACUGACUGACGAAUUUUUGGAGCGAGUCAACAUGUUUGGUAAAGUUUGAGAAUUAGCACAUUAUCACA